CUUCCAACGACUCAGUUGCCUGCGGUCGUUCAAAUUGAUUGGAUGUUGAUCGGCGUAUAUCGAUGCUUCACCGUCCGUAGUGGAACGCGUUCGUCUCCCUCCCCGUGGCAGCUACAAUCGGCCGUCGCUUCGACGUUGCGCAGUAGCGGCGUUUCCGAUUUCCUGCGCGAUUCGACGCGACGAUUUCGCCGCCGCGCGCUCCAGCGGCCGCAUUCGGGCCGUGUCAAUCCGCCGCCGUCGCGAUGGAUGGCUGACACUGAGGAGGAUUUGCGCUGCAAGUCGGUCCCGCACACUUCCGGCUGCAAAGGCCGCUGCCGAUCAAUCAGCACCGACAGUGUCAUCGUCGGCGGCGCGCAUCGCCUGCGAGAGCAGCGGCGGAGUUGAAGAAGAGCAGCACCACGUUCGCCCCGACUUGCUUCGGCAAUCUUUUUGCCAGAGUGUGCCGCCGCGCUUAAUUAGCAUAAGGCGCAUGCGCAGUGGACAUCCGGGAAGUGACCCCGAAGACCCAGCAAUCGGUUCCGAACGAGUACCUUUCGACCUCGGUUUAUUUCUUCCUCGAAGCGAGCACGUGCGCUGAGCGAGAAGAGACGAAGAUGGAUCGAGUCUUCAUAGACGAGGAGACGGGCGAGGAUCUAAUCAACCCGCUGGUCGAUUGCGACAUUCACGACUGCUUGGCCAGCUCGACGACGACGGUGAACAACGCUGAGACCGGCGAGCCGGAAGUCAGCCUCGUCGAGCACUCGACGGCCAGAAGUCAUCUCAGGAGAGUACCUUUUCAGAUACCGAAAGAGGUGAAGGAGAGCCUAUCCCUGAAGAAGUCGUCGAGGAAAUGCCACCUGAUGGAACUGGAGCCGGUCCCGGCCGGUGCCUCCUUCGGUCAGAUUAACCCCAUCUGCCUGUUCUUGCCGGCCAUCAUCUACUUCCGCUGGUUCCUCGCUUUGUUGAUGAUCUUCGAGGUGGUUCUUCAUAUAUGGGCGCACCGUAAGAACAAGGCUCUGAAGAACGCCAGCGUGUACUUUCGCUCGCCGUUCCACGAUAUCUCCGCAGAAUUCUGCGCUCUCUGCCAAAGCGAGACCUGCAUGAAUCGCGUCGGCAAGAUACACCAGAUUCGGAUGCACAAGUUCUUGCGGCAGUGUAACUACAUGAAGAGGGUAGUGACGUGAACGGAUUCGUCGUCGUCGACUUUGUGGCAGCGAUCAUCGCAACCGGCCACCGCGAGCCACUAUGAAUUGUUAUAACUGUUCCACUUGUUUUUUAACACGGUGAUAAUUAUCGACAAAUAACUAAUCUAUAUUUUGUUAAGUUUUAUAUCUACUCGUUCUCUCUUUUUCUCCCAGGAGGUGAUCCCCUCCCCCCCUUCUCUUUCGAUGCAAAGUUUGUACUAGUUUAUACUAGGUAUUAAGAAAAAAAAAAAUCUAUGACGUCGUGGUAAAGUGAUUCGUAUUGUGUUCCUUUAUUCCUUCUUUUCGUUUUUAUUACAAUUUCGUAGGAAGGUUUACAGUAAAAUCCCCUUGGUCAAGAUUCCAGUUUGUUAUAAAAAAUAUAUUACUAUGUUAUCCCCCGAAUUGUACUUUAUUACACACAUAAAACACCUGUAACAACGUU